AUGUUCCGCGUCGAACUCGUCUCAGACACCUCAACCGCCACACCAGGCUGGUCCUAUGCCCCAUCCCGGGGCUUCGACCCCACCCAAGCGAUGGCCCCAACCCUCGGCCGCAAACGCGGCAUCCGCGACGCCGGCAAGGGCGGCGACAUCUCCUCACGCCAAGCGAACGCAAUCGCACGCCACAUCGCCGAACUCGACCGCGAGAACCAACGCGACGUAUCCAUCCCCGCACCGGUGAAGCAAGCCCGCGAAGCCGGCGCCCGCGGCACGCGAGCAAAGACCACCUCCAACGUGCGCCGCAUCCUAACAUCCCAAAAGACCUUCCGGAACCACCUCGACGACGAAGAAGCCGCCAUCGCCUCCGGCAGCGGCGGAAUCAGCGGGAUGCAGGGCGCGACGGGCGCGAGCGUAACGCAGGCACGCGGGAGCAUUGCGGGAAAGGGAGGCAAGGCUGCUGCGCGGCGCAGCUCGACGCCCGCUAGCACGAGUGGCGUUAAGCGGUCUUCGGUGGCUAUGGGUGUGACUGCGGCAUCGACGCCUGCGUCGGCGGCCGAGACGGAGGCGGAAACGGAUGAUGAUGCGCCCCGGAAACCGAAACUCAUCAAGUCGGAACAUGAUAAUGAUCCGCUCUUGCGGUCGUAUGCGCCCCCUGUGCCUUCGGAUCGGCUUAUGCAGAGGCUGUUGGCGGAACCGCCGCUUUCUUAUAAUGCUUCGCGAGCGAAGCCGUUAGCGUCGGCGCGGCCGGGGAGGCAUUUUUGUUGUAUGUGUGGAUAUUGGGGGAAGAUCCGGUGCAAGAGUUGUCAUUUGAGGACUUGUGGGUUGGAUUGUUACAAGGUACAUGAGGAUUCGAGGUGUGGUGCUUUCUUCUAG